AUGUCAACGACGGAGCAGUGGUCUGAGAAUGAUCGGGAUCCGGCAACCGUCUCAACGCCAACCAACGCGAAGCAUCUGAAUAAGAUCCCCGCGAUUCCUUUCCGCCAUCCCUCUACGGAGAAUGAAGAAGAAGAUAAACCAGCGAAAUCGAACGACGCGACGCCGGCAUUAGCUGCGGAAGGCUCGACGAGCCACGAUUCGCCGGAAAUUCUUGCUCCUUCUUCCUUGGGUUUGAACCAUAUCAGGACGAAAUCAUCUCCGGCGCCGUCGCCUUUGGGUCUCUCUUCGGCUACGCCGUUGAUUCCGCCGAUUCAGGAUGAUAAAGACGCCAAGGAGAAACCUAGGGUUGGUGCUGCUGAUGCUCGCGCCGACGCUCGUGCGAGGUGGCCGAUUCCUCCUCAUCAACCCGAUCAGGGGAAAAAUGUGAAAUGGAGCCAAUCAAAAUCUCUACGGGCGCCUGUAAAUCCCAGUCCAGGGUUAGAGACGUCUCAUGUAGGACUUGCAAAGGAAACACAUUCUCCAAGGUUUCAGGCGAUACUGCGUGUCACAAGUGGACGGAAGAAGAAAGCUCAUGACAUCAAGAGCUUCUCUCAUGAACUCAAUUCCAAAGGUGUGAGGCCUUUCCCCGUCUGGAGAUCUCGAGCCGUUGGUCACAUGGAGGAGGUUAUGACGGCGAUUAGAACAAAGUUCGAUAGACAAAAGGAAGACGUUGAUGCUGAUUUAGGAGUUUUCGCUGGAUACUUGGUGACAACUCUAGAGAGCACUCCAGAGUCCAACAAAGAGUUAAGAAUGGGACUUGAGGAUCUGCUGAUCGAGGCUCGGCAAUGUGCAACCAUGCCGUCAAGCGAGUUCUGGCUGAAAUGUGAAGCCAUUGUUCAGAAGCUAGACGAUAAACGUCAGGAGCUGCCCAUGGGAGGACUCAAGCAGGCUCACAACCGUCUUCUCUUCAUCCUCACUCGCUGCAACAGGCUUGUGCAGUUUCGUAAAGAGAGCGGUUACGUCGAAGAACACAUCCUGGGAAUGCACCAGCUGAGCGAUCUCGGUGUUUAUCCUGCACAGAUGGUGGAGAUCUCGCGGCAGCAGGACCUCGUACGAGAGAUGGACAUCCAAAAGCAGAAACAAGAUAGUCUUGCUGAUCAUAAUCUUGAUGGGAAUGAAGUAAACACUGCUAAAAGCACCGAUUCAUCUUCGAGCAAUGUACGGAUGUCCUCGUGGAAGAAGCUUCCAUCUGCGGCUGAGAAGAACCGUAGCGCUAACACAACUCCCAAGGCUAAAGGGGAGAGUAAGAUACAGCCAAAAGUUUACGGUGAUGAAGCUGUUGAAAGCUUGCAUAGCCCCACAGGGCAACCUGUAUCCGCAGGGAAGAACGCUCUGUGGGGUAUUUGGGCGGAUCAUCAGUGUUUUACUUACGAUAACUCCAUGAUUUGCCGAAUCUGUGAGGUUGAGAUACCAGUUGUACACGUGGAAGAGCACUCUCGGAUAUGCACCAUCGCUGAUAGAUGUGACCUGAAGGGGAUUCAUGUGAACUUGAGGCUUGAGAGAGUAGCUGAGAGUCUUGAGAAGAUUCUGGAGUCGUGGACGCCAAAGUGCGGAACACCACCGAGAGGGAUUGGUGGUGAUGAUCAUGCAAGGCUAUCAACGUCCAGUAGACAUGAAGAUAUGGAUGAUGACAUGCUUGAUUGCGCUCCUCGGUUAGAUGGUAUGUUGUCUUUGGAUGAGCUGAAUAUGUUGAAGGAAGUGUCGAUGGCCAAUGGAGGAAAGGACUCGUCAACAGGGAGCUUGACGCCACCAUCACCUGCAACACCGAGGACAAGCCAAGUAGAUUUGCUGCUUAGUGGUCGUAAAACAAUAACAGAGCUUGAGAAUUCUCAGCAGAUAAACAAGUUGGUAGAGAUUGCUCGCACUGUGGCAGGUGUGAAUCUAUGUGGAUACAGUUCAUUAAACUUCAUACUUGAGCAGUUGGAUGAGCUAAAGUACGUCAUUCAGGAUAGGAAGGCAGAUGCUCUCGUCGUGGAAACAUUUGGGAGACGAAUAGAGAAGCUACUUCAGGAGAAGUACGUUGAACUUUGUGGAAUGAUAGGUGAUGAGAAAGUAGACUCAUCAAACGCCAUGGCGGAUGAAGAAAGCUCAGCGGAUGAGGAUACAGUGCGUAGCUUACGAGCAAGCCCACUUAAUCCACGCGCUAAAGAUCGAACAUCGAUAGAAGAUUUCGAGAUUAUAAAACCAAUCAGCCGUGGUGCGUUUGGUAGAGUGUUUCUUGCAAGAAAAAGAGCAACCGGUGAUUUGUUCGCCAUAAAGGUUUUGAAGAAGGCUGAUAUGAUCCGUAAGAACGCUGUUGAGAGUAUUUUAGCAGAGCGUAACAUACUUAUAUCAAUUCGUAACCCAUUCGUGGUCCGGUUUUUCUAUUCUUUCACAUGCCGAGAGAAUCUUUAUUUGGUGAUGGAGUACUUGAAUGGUGGAGAUCUCUUUUCCUUGUUGAGAAAUCUUGGUUGCUUGGACGAAGAUAUGGCUCGCAUUUACAUAGCAGAAGUUGUGCUAGCACUGGAGUAUUUGCAUUCUGUAAAUAUCAUUCACAGAGACUUAAAGCCAGACAAUUUGUUGAUCAACCAAGAUGGUCAUAUCAAGUUGACAGAUUUCGGGCUUUCCAAGGUUGGUCUUAUCAACAGCACAGAUGACUUAUCAGGUGAUUCAUCAUUAGGAAACAGUGGGUUUUUCGCAGAAGAUGGAUCAGCAAAAGCUCAACAUUCACAAGGCAAAGAUAGCCGUAAAAAACAUGCGGUUGUUGGGACUCCUGAUUAUCUUGCACCUGAGAUACUUCUUGGAAUGGGUCAUGGUAAAACCGCUGAUUGGUGGUCAGUAGGUGUUAUUCUCUUUGAGGUUCUCGUUGGUAUUCCUCCUUUCAAUGCAGAAACCCCACAGCAAAUUUUUGAAAAUAUUAUCAACAGAGAUAUACCAUGGCCUAAUGUGCCAGAGGAGAUAUCUUAUGAAGCACAUGAUCUGAUCAACAAGCUGUUAACUGAAAAUCCUGUCCAAAGACUAGGGGCAACGGGAGCUGGAGAGGUGAAACAGCAUCAUUUUUUCAAAGAUAUUAACUGGGACACGCUUGCUAGGCAAAAGGCUAUGUUUGUACCAUCAGCCGAACCACAAGACACUAGUUACUUCAUGAGCAGAUAUAUAUGGAACCCGGAAGACGAAAAUGUUCAUGGAGGCAGCGAUUUCGAUGACCUUACAGACACAUGCAGCAGCAGCUCCUUCAACACACAGGAGGAAGAUGUUGAUGAGUGUGGUAGCUUAGCAGAAUUUGGAAACGGACCCAAUCUUGCUGUCAAGUAUUCCUUCAGCAAUUUUUCUUUCAAGAACCUCUCACAACUGGCAUCGAUCAACUACGAUCUUGUCCUUAAGAACGCUAAGGAAUCAACAGAAGCUUCAAACCCAUCAGGACCACGACCCGAUUCAUGA